AUGGACACACUAGGAAUCAGCACUCAGGUAAAAGUACGACAAUGUUCUCAAUGUCAGGGAGACACCGAGUUAUUCUGUAAUACAUGUAACCGUGACCUGUGUUUACAGUGUAAAAAGAAACAUGUUACAGAAAACAGCACCAGAUAUCACAAUGUAGUGUUCUAUAUAACUCGUUUUACUGAGAAGAGUUUUACCACACAGUGUAAACUACGACAAUGUUCUCAAUGUCAGGGGGACACUGAGUUUUACUGUAACACAUGUAAACAUGAUCUGUGUUUACAGUGUAAAGAGAAACAUGUUAUUGAUCUACAUACCAAACACCAUGGUGUUGUGAUUUACCGUGAGAAGUUUAAAUGUGUCCCUUUACGAGAGACCUGCGUCAGACAUCCAAACAGAAAAUACAGAAUGUUUUGUGAUCACUGUUACUAUUCCGUAUGUAAGCGCUGUACAGGUCAUAGCACACACGCGCUGGUGGAUCUUAGAACAGCCUAUCAAACAAAGCGACAACAGAGAGAAAUCAUAGACAACAUCAGAAGUGAGAUUCUCUAUAACUGUCGUGUUUUCGUGACAGGAAUCCAAACUGAUAUCCAAACUUGUCCCCAACAAAUCUGUAACCGUCAAUCACAGAUGUCAACAAAAGCCAAGAGACUGAAAGGUCUGAUUGACACUGCGGUAUGUGAUGUUAAAAUAAGAUACAUGGGUUUAUUGAUUGAUAUAAUACAACAACAGAAGAGAAAAAUGAACAGAUACCUCACCCAGAUACAGAACUAUGAAGACAGAUAUGAAUCAGCAAACAGAGCGGUACAAUUCCUCUUGUUUAUAAAUAUCAGUCGUGUCCCCCAGUUAAAGGACACCCCUAAUCUUCCAUAA